GAUCGCUGUCUAUGCGAUCUGGCUGGGGAUUGACACAGACUUCAACGAAGAAGUGGUCAACACCAACCCUGCUUCAGUGUUCUUCUGGGGGGAGCAAGUCUUUUGUACUUUCUUCACAGCAGAGCUGCUCAUCCGGUUCUUGGCCGUCAAGACCAAGCGCAAGUGCUUCAAG